ACUACGAGGGCUAUCAGAGUGGGAAGAUAUGAACUGGGUGAAACCUUGGGUGAGGGAAACUUCGCCGUCGUCAAAGCAGCACGUCACAUAGACACCGAGGCCAGUGUCGCCAUCAAAAUCAUCGACAAAAAAAGAGUUCGGCGGAGCCGUACCAUGGACCUCAUAGUACGAGAAAUAUCAAUCAUGCGAAUGAUUAGACACCCCAACGUCGUUCGUUUAUACGAAGUGAUGGCUAGCAGGAAAUAUAUAUAUAUGGUAAUGGAACGUGUCGAUGGUGGUGAACUCUACGAUAAAUUUGAAGUAAAUGGCCAUGGUCUCCGUGAAGACGAAGCAAGAAAAUUUUUUCACCAGCUUAUAUGUGCAGUCGAUUUCUGUCACAGUAGAGGUGUUUUCCAUAGAGACUUGAAGCCGGAGAAUCUGUUGAUUGCAGCUGAUGGCUCACUUAAAGUAUCAGAUUUUGGAUUAAGUGCACUGCCUCAACAGCUUCGAGAAGAUGGGCGGCUUCACACAAUGUGCGGUUCAACACGUUUUAUGGCCCCCGAGGUGAUGAAAAAAGAAGGCUAUGAGGGUGCAAAGGCUGAUAUCUGGUCAUGUGGUAUUGUUCUUUUUACCUUAUUGGCUGGUCAAGUGCCCUUCGAAGACAACAACAGCUUCCUUUUAUGUCAAAAGAUUUUCCAGGCUAAGCUCACUUUUCCAUCAUAUAUUUCUUCAAGUGUAAAGAGACUACUGAAGAGAAUCAUCGAUCCCAACCCUGAUACACGUAUUACAAUUCAGGAGAUCUAUGACCAUGAGUGGUUCAAGAAAGACUAUCAACCUCCUAGAUUUUCGCUGGAAAAUAUUGCUCUUGAUGAACCAAGUACUAGUUUGGGUACAUCAAUUAAUCCACAAAAUCUUGUGGAGAGGCGACAAGAGAGGCCUACAGCAGCUGUCCCUAUGAAUGCGUUUGAGAUUUUGUCUACCCCUCUGGGCUUCAACCUUUUUGGAAAUUUUUUCAGCCGAGUACUUGUUAAAAGGGAAACAAAAUCCAUAUAUAGGUGUUCCACAAAUCAGAUAGUUCCAAGAAUUGAGCAGGCCGCAGCAUCUAUGGGUUUUCAUGUUAGGAUGAGCAACAACAAGUUGAGGAUAAGAGGGGAAAGGGCUGGUCGUAAAGGUCAUCUGACAAUAGCCAGUGAGAUAUUUGAGGUGGCCUCUCCAUUUCACAUGGUGGAGUUUCGGAAGGCUGGAGGAGAUACUCCGGAAUUUCACACGUUCUACAAGGAUCUAUCUACUGGGCUGAGUGAUAUCCUUUGGAAAGCAGAGCCUGUCGAUGUAGAAAGAGAUGGUGCCAGUACAUCAAAUGCAGGUGCCGGUACAUCAACUGCAACAUAG